UAUGUCAAUUCAUUUGACAAUUUGUAUGUUUUGAAAUGGAAUAUAAACAAUGAUACCGCCAAAUGCAGUUUGUUUUUAAAUAUUUUGAACAAAAUCAAAAUAUCUAAACACCUGUGUUCAUUGCGAACUCGAAUCGCCAAAAUGGUGUUGUUGAGUAAAUUUAAACCAAUUGAUACUACUUGUAUUGAAUAUGUGCACCCUUGGACAAAUAGUUGUUCUGAUGCCUGUGCUGAUUUAACACUUCAGGCUUUCGAGAGGACCAUCAAAAUAUAUACAGUUGCAUAUACAGUCGGACUAUUGAUGCGAGGCAAAGUACCAAAUAAAUCGGACUUAAGAAAGACUUUUCUGGGGAUUCUACAAUCUGCAGCAUUUUUAACGACAAAUGGUUUUACAUUCCCUAUGUUUUUAUGUUUUCUCAGAAAAGUUUGUGGCAAUUACAAUAUAUUGACAGUCUCAUACGUGCCUUCGUUUCUUGCAUCGUUUGCUGCAAUAUUACUAGAACGGCCAUCUAGACGAAAUUUAUUAUGUUUAUAUGUAUCAAAUGAAGCAACAGAAACUGUUUGGAAUAUGUUAAAGUCUAGGGGAUAUGUCCGAUCUAUAAAAUAUGGAGAAGUGGGAAUCUUUUCCAUGAGCAUUGCUAUUCUUAUGUAUUAUUAUAGAAGCAACGACUAUUUGAGCAAAGAUCAACUUGGACUUGUUUCAAAAUUCGUUGUGGGUCCUUAUGAAGCAUUUGGAUAUAGUGAUAAAUUGAAAAAUAAAAGUGAACAAGCAGUAUGUGAUAUUAAAAAUAGAAAAGCUGCCUUGCAUAAAAUUAAGUUCAUUAAACAUUUCAAUGAAAUGAUUAAAUCUUUACCAAGGCAUAACACUUGUUUGCACCCUGCAAGUUGUAUGCAUUAUGUUACACAGGGAUGGUUCAAAAUGUUCUCCUUGGGUGUAUGCUUUCAAUUGGGACUCCGAAUUUUCAUGCGCAUAGGAACAAUCGCUAGAAGGCCCAAAGAAAUUUCAAAUAUAAUACUCAACAAAUCAUCAUAUUCUUUAGCAAUGUUUCUUGGUGGAUUUACCGGUAUUUUUAGAUUAUCAUCUUGUGUUUUGAGGUGGAUCUCAGGGAAAGAUAGGCCAGAGCAUGCUUUACCUGCAGGUAUUUUAGCAGGAUUAGCAUUUGGUAAAUACCGAAGUAAUAACAUUGCAUUAUACGUGAUGUGGAAAAUGCUUCAUAUUUCCUAUAAUAUAGCAGUUUUAAAAGGAUUUGUACGAGAAGUACCUGGGUUUACUAUAUUUUUAUAUUGCUUUAGCACUGCCAUUUUAUUUCACUGUGCAGUAUUAGAACCAACUAAUCUUAGACCAAGUUAUUGGAAAUUUCUACAUUCCCUUUCAGGAGGAAGGAUUGCAAGCAUGUCACGUGCGACAAUGGAUGUUUGGGGUCUUGGUACCACUGAUUCUUUGAAGAAGGUGCUAGCUCUCACUGGAACCAAGUUAGAAGUACGGCGAAUAUUCGGGCUGUGAAAGAAAGAAGAAA